CUCCUCAGACAGGCUGGCACAAACUGUAAGGCGCCAACCUUGAGCUGGAGGACCGGGAGAUCUCAGCGAGGAGCUGCCCCUGGAAGAGAAGUGUAGAGUUGAGGUCCACUUCCAGUUUGACUCUGCAGUGCCCAUGAUGCUAACAUGGCUAACAGGACUGGGGGGUGGGAUCGUCUGCCUGCACUUCGUGCAGAAACUCCUGUUCCCUUACUUUUGGGAUGACUUCUGGUACUUGCUGAAGGUACUGCGCUGCGGAAUUCGGCUGCAGAUACACAGCAAGAGAGGGGAAUUGGUCACUGUCCUGGAUCGAUUUUUGAGUCAUGCUAAAAAGCAGCCCCAGAAACCAUUCAUCAUCUACGAAGGAGACAUCUACACCUAUCAGGAGGUGGACAAAAGGAGUAGCAGAGUGGCCCACGUUCUCCUGGACCAUUCCACUCUGAAAAGAGGGGACACAGUGGCUAUGCUAAUGAGCAAUGAGCCGGACUUCAUCCACGUGUGGCUGGGCUUGACAAAGCUGGGCUGUGUGGUGGCCUUCCUCAAUUCCAACAUCCGCUCCAAUUCCCUCCUGCACUGCAUCCGUAGCUGUGAGCCCAGGGCCCUGAUUGUGGGCGAAGAUCUACUUGGAAAUAUAGAAGAAAUCCUUCCAAACCUCCCAGAAGGUAUCAGUGUUUGGGGGAUGAAAGAUUCUGUUCCAGAUGGCAUAAUUUCACUUAAAGAAAAACUGAGCACAGCAUCUGACAAGCCUGUACCGCGCAGCCGGCAUGUUACCUCAAACCUCAAAUCAGUUUGUCUUUAUAUCUUUACCUCUGGAACAACAGGUCUACCAAAAGCAGCUAUAAUUACUCAGAUACAGGCUUUAAUGGGCUCUGCUGGCUUAUGGGCUUUUGGUUGUACUGCUAAUGACAUUAUUUAUAUAACCCUUCCUCUGUAUCAUAGUUCAGGAUCUAUCCUGGGAAUUGGUGGAUGUAUUGAAUUAGGUGCUACUUGUGUGUUAAAGAGGAAAUUCUCAGCAAGUCAAUUUUGGAAUGACUGCAAAAAAUAUAACGUGACAACGUUUCAGUAUAUCGGAGAACUUUGUCGCUACCUUUGCAAACAACCCAAGAGAGAUGGAGAAAAGAAUCAUCAGGUGCGUUUGGCAAUUGGAAAUGGCCUAGGGAAGGAGGUAUGGAAAGAAUUCUUAGACCGGUUUGGAAACAUUAAGAUGUGUGAGCUGUAUGGAGCUACAGAAGGAAACAUUUGUUUCAUGAAUCACACGGGGAAAAUUGGAUCAGUAGGGAGGACAAACUUCAUUUACAAGCUGUUUUUCAAAUUUGACUUGAUAAAGUAUGAUUUCCAGAAAGAUAAACCCAUUAGAAAUGAACAGGGCUGGUGUUGUCCUGUGAAAACAGGAGAACCCGGACUUCUCAUCUCUCGAGUGAAUGCAAAGCAUCCUUUCUUUGGUUAUGCUGGGAAUAAGAAGCACACAGAAAAGAAAUUGCUUUGUGAUGUUUUUGAGAAGGGAGAUCUUUACUUUAACACAGGAGAUUUAAUGGUUGAAGACCAGAGUUUUCUUUAUUUUUGGGACCGUAUUGGAGACACUUUCAGAUGGAAAGGGGAAAAUGUUGCAACUACAGAAGUUGCUGAUGUUAUUGGAAAGUUAGACUUCAUACAAGAAGCAAAUGUCUAUGGAGUUUCUGUGCCAGAUUAUGAAGGGAAGGCAGGAAUGGCUUCUAUUAUUCUAAAGCCAAACAAAUCUUUAGACUUGGAAAAAAUUUAUGAACAACUUGUGACAUUCUUACCAGCUUAUGCCUGCCCACGAUUUUUAAGAAUUCAGGAAAAAAUGGAAAUGACAGGGACAUUCAAACUAAAGAAGUUCCAGUUGGUGGAAGAAGGAUUUAAUCCACUGAAUAUAUUGGAUCCACUUUACUUCAUAGAUAACUUGAAAAGAUCUUAUGUCCCAUUGACCAAAGAACUUUAUAAUCAAAUAAUGACAGGGGAGAUCAAACUUUAAGAUAUUUUAUAUGUGUAAUUUUCAUAUGAAAUCUUCGGAGAGGUGAUAGAAGAGUUUAGUAUUAUUUAAUAUGAAAUGGAGAAAGAAAACUGACAUAAAAUUUGUGUUAUAUUCCUAAAUAUACAAUAGCUUUUUAAAUCAAUCAAAAUAUUUCAUUUGUUUUAAAACCAAAUUUGAUUAUUCUUUUACCUAUUUUGAGGAUGAUUGAAUAACUAACUCUUUGCUUUAAGAUUUUAAAUAGUGAUCACAUGAUUAACAGUUUACUUACUGAAAAUCUUUUUUAUAUUUAAAGUUUCUAAUUUUGAAUGGCUUUAUAAUUUUACACAGAUAGUUGGUCUUACAUACUCUGUACUGCAAUCAAUAAAACCUUUAUUAUGAAUUU